AUGGAAUUAAAAAAAUGGAAAUCAAAAAAAAGUACACAUAAAUCAUAUGAUAAAAUAAAAUAUGAAUUUUCAGAUGUUAAAUAUUCGGUUGAUCAUGGAAAAUUAGAAAUUUUACACGGGGUAAAAGGAUUAUUAUUACCCCAAACAAUCACAGUUAUAAUGGGGCCAAGUGGUAGUGGAAAAACAACUUUAUUAAACAUAUUAUCAAUGAAAGUAACUGAUGGUGUGCAAGGUAAUUUUUUAAUAAAUGAUGCAACUAGAACAAAAAAUAUAAAAAAUCAUAUGGGGUAUGUAUUACAAGAUGAUUAUUUUUUGUCAAGAUUAACUGUUUAUGAAACGAUUGAAUUUACAGCAAAAUUAAAGUUAGAUAUAAGAGAUAAAAAUAAACUUGAUGAAUUAGUUCAUUCAGUAUUAGAUAUCAUGAGUUUAACUCAUGUAAAAGAUACCAUAGUAGGAGAUGCUUUUAUAAGAGGAAUCAGUGGUGGUCAAAGAAAAAGAUUAUCUAUCGCUAAUGAAAUAUUAUCUAAUCCUCCUUUAUUAUUAAUGGAUGAACCAACUAGUGGAUUAGAUUCUUCAUCAGCUUUAUCACUAGUAGAAUGCAUUCAGAGAAUAGCUAAAAUAUCCAAUACUACUAUCUUAUCAUCUUUGCAUCAACCUAGUAGUCAAGUUUUUGCCAAAUUUGAUAGACUAAUUGCCAUUACUAAUGGUUAUAUUAUUUAUCAUGGAAAAACUACUCAGUUAAAUAAGUAUUUAAAAAAGAUUGGUUUUAUUUGCCCUUAUGGAUGGAAUGUAGCUGAUUAUUUAAUGGAUGUGCUAACUAACGAUAAUUUUGAGGCAAUUUUAAUAGAUAAUUAUAAUAAAUAUCUUCAUUUUGAUAGUGAAGUAGGCUACUAUAUGAAUAUAGAUGCCAUUGAUAAUACUAUCAUUCAUGAUGAUUAUGACACAUUAUAUGAAAAUGAAGGAACUAUGGGUAAAUUUGCACAGAAUCAAAAAGCUAUGGGAAUAAAUAAAUCUCAAGUUUUAUCAGUACAGGAGAUUCAAGCAAGAGAACAAGAUUCAAUAAAACUAAAGGCAGUAGAAAAAUUAAUUUCUCUACAAGAAAAAAAGACUCCAUAUAUAAGGCAGAAUUUUUUUUUAUUAAUAAGAGGGUUAAAAAAAAUCAUAACUGAUGAAAUAACUAUAAUUAAAAUGAUUGAUCUAGUUGUUAUUUUAACAUUAUUUGGUUUUCUUUGGUUAAAAACAUUUAAAGAAGAUACGGAAGAAGGAAUUAUAGAUACCAUUGGGGCUAUUUUUUUUAUUCUUUCUUACUGGACCUUUUAUCCAGCAUAUUUAUCUUUAUAUUCCUUUCCAUCAGAAAGAGAAGUAAUUGCAAGAGAAAGAAAUAUGAAAACAUAUCAAGUAAGUAAUUACUUUUUUUCUAAAUUAUUAUCUGAAUUUAUUUAUUUUUUUAUAAUUAUUGCCUUUUGGAUUUUAAUUACCCACUUAAUUUUAUAUGGGACAUUAAAAUUUGGUGUAUAUGUAAGUUACGCUUUUGUAACUUUACUAAAUGCUUUAAUUAGUAGCUCCUUAGGAUAUUUUAUAUCCACAUUAUUUGACAAUUUUAGUAAGGCUGUUAGUUUUUUAUCUGUUGUCCUUUUAACUAUGACUUUAACUAACGGUUUUUAUGUUGAGAUAUCUAAAUUGGAAGUACCAUUCAGAUAUCUACAGUGGUUAUCCUAUCAAACUUAUUCUGCAUCAGUACUUGCAAAAAUUAAAUUUGAUGAUACACUUAUUAAAUGUUCACCUGAUAAUAAAUCUCCUGCAUGCAGAGAUUUUGGUGUAUUUCCAGGGGAUGUUAUCAUAGAAAAGAGGUUUGCAACUUUACAAAUACCCAUAUCUGUUUUUAUUUUAAUUUGUUUUUAUGCUGUUAUAAAAUUAUCAACUUAUAUUUCUUUAAGAUGGUCUCAAUCAUUAAAAAUGAAAUAA